GAUCCUUGUAGCACUGUCGAGUGCUCAGAACCAGAGGUCUGUCAACUGGACGCUUCGCGACAGCCUGCCUGUCAUUGUGGCGAACAAUGUGGUCUUGAGUUCUCACCAGUGUGUGGUAGCAACGGCAAGACUUACUCUAAUGAAUGCAGUCUUAGACAGGAAUCUUGCAGAUCUAGAUUACCCCUGAGAAAAAUCUACAAUGGUGUCUGCAGUUCUGGUAUCAAUCCAUGCGAUGGUGCCAAAUGUAGUGAAGUCGAGCAGUGUGCAAUCGACCGUUAUGGCAUCACGAAAUGUGAAUGCGGGCCAGAAUGUGAGCCCGUAAUGAAGCCAGUCUGCGCCAGAGGCGGUACUACAUACAAAUCUCUCUGCGAGCUCAAAAGACAUGCUUGCCUAACUAAGAGUAACAUUGAGGUCGCAUAUACGGGUACCUGCGGAUCUCAAGGAGCAUCAAUUGAAAGAGCUAUUUGUCAGUGGGGAGCAAUCUGUGCGGAAAGUGGGGACACUGCUAUCUGUGAGUGUCCUACGUGUACUGUAGAAUUCAAUCCGGUGUGCGGGGACGAUGGAAUCAGCUAUGGAAACGAAUGUAAACUCAGAUUGGAGGCUUGUCAACAUCGUAGAGAGAUCAAAGUACUUUAUCAGGGUCUUUGCAAUGGCUGCGAGAAUAAGAAGUGUGAGCAUUAUGGAAAAUGCGAAAGCGACAGCUCCGGUGAAGCCAGAUGUGUCUGUCCGACCAACUGUGGGGAUUUGGAAAAAAACAGCAGCUCGGCUCGCAAAGUAUGUGGAAGUGAUGGAACAACUUACGCCAAUGAAUGUACUUUGAAAAAAACUUCAUGUUUAACUCAAGCUGUAAUAACUGUAGCAUUUGAGGGAGACUGCAAGUUAUGCACAAAUGUUGAAUGUGCAAAUGGAGCUCGUUGUUCGGCAGGGGAAUGUAUUUGUCCAGAAAGUUGUCCAGAUCCAAAAGACGAGCCUGUAUGUGGUACAGACGCAAAGACUUAUCCCUCAGAGUGUGAACUGCAGCGUGCUGCAUGCGACCGAGAUAAGGCAAAACUUGCUGCUUUACACGUCGCUUUUCAUGGUGAAUGUGGCGAGAAGUUUGCUGUCGCUGCUCUAACAACUAUGUCUACACCUUCAGUAACUCGACUGUCAACUGCAGUUACGGAAGUCACUAGCGCUCAAGAGAUGUGCAAAGAUAUACAUUGCGAUUUUGAAGCAACUUGUGAACUUGGACCUGACAGGUUUCCGAGGUGCAGUUGCAAGUUUGAUUGUGCCUCAAUACGCCCUGAAAAUAUGCUACCAGUUUGUGGCAGUGAUCUCAAAAUUUAUUCCUCUAUCUGCGCAAUGAAGAUGGAAGCCUGUCAACGCCAACAAGAGUUACGAUUACGACCGCUAGACCUUUGUCAAGGCAUGGAAGUUAAGCCAUGCAACGGCGAUACUCCCUUAGUAGAUGAUGAAGAAAAAGAAUACGACUGUGGAAGUGGUGCUAAUCGACGGGAUUGCCCGAGCAACAGUUAUUGUCAUCAAACGCCCCGAUUCGCUCGCUGCUGUAAAAAAAAUGAAGGUAUUCAGGUUGUCGAAUGUAUGGAUUCAUGGCACGGUUGCUGUCCCGACGGCAAAACCGCUGCUCUUGGUCCUGACAAUGCCGGGUGCCCUAGUUUGUGUAAUUGCAACAAAUUGGGCAGCAUUUCAGAUACUUGUAACCCUGAAUCUGGUCAGUGUGAAUGCAAGCCUGGUGUAGGUGGUCUUAAAUGUGACCGUUGUAUGCCAGGAUAUUGGGGCUUACCGAAAAUUAGUGAAGGACAUCAAGGAUGCAUUCCUUGUGGCUGCUCUCUUUUCGGAUCAGUUAGAGAAGAUUGCGAGCAAAUGACGGGACGAUGCGUUUGCAAGCCAGAAAUCCAGGGACAGAAAUGCACUAUUUGCACAGACCACACUAAAAUACUCACACCAUCUGGGUGUUAUUCAGUGGACGCGAAUCCUAUGAUUGCAACAAAUUGUAACGAGCUCGAAUGUUACUCUGGUGGGCAUUGUUCAGAGAUUGGUAGUCUUCAUUGUGAGUGCCCAUCAGUAUGCCCAGCAGAUUUACCGACAGUACCAGUUUGCGGAAGUGAUGGACAAACGUAUGACAACGAGUGUGAAUUGCGACUAUAUGCCUGUCGUCAUCAGGCAGACGUUGUGACUCAAGCCUUCGGGCACUGCAGAGACUAUCCCACGGUGAACACGGAUUUUCCAGUGAAAAGAUUUACAGCUGUCCAAUACACUCAACCAGCAGCAGCUAUAUCACCAUUGUCAAAGUCAACUAGGCAUCUUCUUGGUCCAGAGCCAGACCAACGUUAUUAUUACACUCAUCGCGCUCAACAAGAAACGAUUACAAUUGAUCGUGAUAAUUUUAAACAUGGUGUAGCUGCUGCAUCACGACCUACUCCAGCAACAAUUCGAGUCGUUACAGCACUUCUUGGUGAUCUCUGUUCAAACGAUAAAGACUGCUCGAUUCCCAAUAGUGAGUGUUUGAAUGGACGCUGUAUUUGCUCUAAUGGAUUUGCCGAAACAAGUGAUCGUCAGGAAUGCUUUGCAAAUUACAUAUCAGUAACACCUUCAGAAGAAGUUCGUGCUUGUGUCUCAAAUCCAUGUCAUUCAUCUGCAACUUGCAUUGAUUUACCAAGUUCAACAUUCCUUUGCAUUUGUAAUCCUAAUUACAAAGGUUUGCUUUGCGAUGAAGAAAUAAACAAACGGGAUUACGAUGUGCCAUCAUUCGACGGUAAAAGUUAUGUCAGGAUGAGUCGACUAAAAGCAUAUCAUAAAUUCAGCAUUGAAGUUGAGUUUAAAACUUAUGCAGACAACGGUAUAAUCCUCUACAACCAACAGAAAAAUGAUGGUAGCGGAGAUUUUGUUUCACUAGCCAUUGUUGAUGGAUACGUACAAUUCCGAUAUAACCUUGGAAAUGGGCCAGUAAUAUUGACAUCACCGGAGAGAGUUACCAUGAAAAACUUUCAUCGCAUAACAGCUAAAAGAUACCACAAAGACGGUGUUUUAAUUUUUAACGACGGGGAAGAUAUCGCUGGUCAGAGCCAAGGGAUACUUAAAUCAUUAGAUCUUAAUCAAGAUACAUUUAUUGGUAACAUGCCAACAAAUUACAGCCGAGUAUACGACAACAUUGGGACCAAUAAAGGAUUUUUAGGUUGCAUUCGCAAGCUUAAGAUCAACCGAUUUACAGUUGAUCUUCAUCUGGGAAAAGAUAAAGACGUUCUAGAAACUUACCGCGUUAAGCAGUGUAACGAAAAUGCUUGUGCUAAUCUGCCCUGUAAAAAUGGCGCUACCUGUCAGCCGAUAUUCGAAGAAGAUCUUUGCAAUAACAGAGAGUGUAAAUCUAAAACAAAGCGAAGCAAAACAAAGAGAAAACGAAAUUACAAUGACGGAAUUAAAUUUGUCAAGUGUAAGGGCUCUCACUGCAAUAAUGAUUCUAAGUCUCAACAAACAAGUACCAACAAACAGAAGAUAAAAAGGUCGAAAAAAUAUUCAAAAAAACGAUGCGCAACUUUGGAUUGUAACUACGAUUACGAAUUAGAUUAUGACUCUUCUUAUGAGCACGAUAAUUAUCCCGUAACGACCUACAAACCACCAACAUACAAAUGUAUUUGCCCGCCUCAGUUUACAGGUGCAAACUGUGAAGAGUCAUUGGACCCUUGUCUGGGUGAGCCUUGUCAAAAUGGCGGGACUUGUGAUAUCUUACCGCAAGGGGGUUAUGUUUGCAAGUGCCCACCUGGGAGAACAGGAGAACAUUGUGAAAUCUUAGACGGAGAAUUAACAGAAUUUUUAAUUCCACAAUUUAAUGCCGAUGGGUUCCUUGAACUUCCCUGCCUUGAAGGAGUCUCAAAGGCAUUUUCAAUAGAAAUAUGGUUUCUUACACGAGCUACAGAUGGCUUACUACUCUACAAUGGGCAACUUAACAAUGGCCGGGGAGAUUUUAUUAGUCUUAACUUAGCUAAUGGCAAAUUGGAGUUUAAAUUUAAUCUAGGCAGUGGUAUAGCUAAUAUAACAUCUCCCGAUCCCGUGAGUCUUAAUACUUGGCAUUGUGUUAGAAUCAGUAGACUUGGUAGAGAAGGUCUUCUGCAGUUAGAUGAAGGCACUAUUGCACGAGGCUUUUCUGGUAGUCCUCUCACUGAAUUGAAUUUAGAGAUGCCUCUUUACAUUGGUGGCGUUAAACACUGGCGAGAAAUUCAUCGUCUGGAAAGUGCCUGGACUGGGCUUACAGGCGCAAUACAAAGAUUAAUGGUCAAUGGUAAGACUUACCAGAAUCUAGCAGUUAAUUUCACUCAGCACAAUACUGAAAUCUAUGAUGGGUUACCCUGUCCUGCUGAUGGCAAUCCCUGUCACAACGGCGGAGUCUGUUUGCCAUUAUUAAAUAGUUAUCUUUGUAAGUGCGCAACCAGUUACAAUGGGCUUCACUGUGAAUUCUUCAUGGGGUACGACGUUUCUGGCGGCGAAAUAGCUGAACGACCCGUCAGAUUUGAUGGCGACAAUUUCCUUCAGUUUAAACAUCGUUACGGAAGAAGCUCUAACAAUACUUUAACAACUAACACUUCUCUUUUGGAAUAUUACGAUGAUUCUUACUCUGAUUACGAAUUUGAAGAGGAUAGUGAUUUCGAAUAUGAAAAUUAUGAUUAUACUGAAUACAAAGGACAACAAUCGAAUAAAUUUGAGCUAAGCUUACGUACCGUACAUCCAGAUGGAAUGAUAGCAUGGAUUGGCCGAGGAAAAAUAGAGAACCUUGUAUUAUCUUUACAGGACGGAUUUGUUGUAUUCACCUAUAAAGGGAAAAAUGAUCAAGUGUCUAUAAAAAGUCGAAAAAAAGUUAACGAUGGUAUUUUUCAUCACAUUAAAGCCGCACGUCGGCGAAAAGCAACGGUAAUCCAGGUUGAUGACGAAAUUCCCAUAAAAGUUGCCACGGAAAUCUCUCUCCUAACAACCAAUGGGAAAUUAUUUGUUGGCGGAAAGCCUGGCCAUAAAGGAAUCAAGGGUUGCGUGACUGACUUUAUCGUUGAUAAAAGAAGACUGCCUUUGGCAAGACGAAAGAUCGAAUUUUGCCAUGAUAAUGACGUGUGA